AUGGAAACUUUAGAUCUUGUAGUCAUCGGUGCAGGCGUCUUUGGCCUCGCUUCGGCCAAGGCAUUCCACCAACUAGAACCUCACAGGAGUUUGGCCAUUCUCGAUUCUGGUUAUACUCUUGGAGGUGUUUGGGCCAAGGAACGUCUCUAUCCGGGCCUUAAAACUAACAACAUGCUGGGAACCUACGAGUACCCCGAUUUUCCCAUGGACGAGACCUUCGGAGUCAAACCCAGUGAGCACAUUAGCGGCGAGGUUGUUCACAAUUACUUAACCAAGUACGCUCAAAGAUUCAACAUUUUCGACAAGAUUCGCUUUCGGUCAGCCGUUCUUACUGCUGAGCACCAGGAUGGCGCGGAAGGAGGCUGGGUUCUGACGGUGAAGAAUGUCGACACAGAUGCGCACCAUCAGAUCUAUGCUCGAAAGCUGAUCAUGGCUACCGGGCUCACUUCGGAACCCUUCCUGCCACAUAUCGAUGGCCAGGAGAGCUUCGGGGUGCCCUUAUUCCACAGCAAGGAUUUCAUUAAGCAUCAAGAGACGCUUAACACGGCCAGAUCAGUGACUGUAUUUGGCGGCACAAAAUCGGCUUGGGAUAUCGUGUAUGCGUAUGCCUCUAAAGGUAUCCAGGUCAACUGGGUCAUUCGAGAGAGCGGUCAUGGUCCGUCAUGGCUGGCCCCCCCUUACGUCACGCCGUUGAAGAAGUGGCUCGAGAAGCUUGCCCAUACCCGCAUGCUCACAUGGUUUAGCCCCUGUAUUUGGGGCGAAGCUGAUGGCUACACCGGAAUACGGAGGUUCUAUCACGGAUCCGCCGUUGGCCGUGCCAUCACCAACGUUUUCUGGUCGAUCUUGGGCAAUGAUGUUCACACACUCAACAAGUACGACUCCCACCCGGAGACAAAGAAACUCAAACCGUGGAGCAAGCCAAUGUUCGUGGCCUCUUCCUUCUCGAUUCUCAACUACCCUACCGACAUCUUCGAACUGGUACGCAGCGGCGUCGUCAAGGUUCACAUUGCAGACAUCACGGGCUUGUCAAGCCGGACAGUGCACUUAUCCGGUGGUACACAGCUUGACACGGACGCACUCUGUUGUGUUACCGGGUGGAAGCACGUACCACCCGUCAAGUUCCUGCCGGAGGGCAUCGACAGGGAACUCGGCCUGCCCCACACGCUCGGGCAAAGCACACUGUUUACAUCUGAGGCGGUGGAAAAGGCCGACCAGGAGAUCCUCACGCGCUUCCCGCGUCUUAAGAACCAGCCGGUCCAGAACAAGAACAUGAAGCCCCUCCUAUCCACCCAGGGCCUAUCCACACCCGAGAAUAUCAAUCCUUCCACUCCGCUCACCCCGUGGACACUCUACCGAUUCAUGGUCCCGCCCUCGGCCCGCUUCCUCCAGACGCGGGACAUAGCCUUUGCCGGUGUGCUGCUCAAUUUCAGCACUCACAUGAUAGCCCACGCCCAGUCGCUCUGGAUCAACGCCUAUUUCAACGACGACCUGCCAGCCCGCGUCCUGCCGCCUCUGAAUCAGCAAUAUGAAUUUGAAGUGAAGGAGACCGAGGUCGCCAAGUCCCUGGACGAGCUCCGUUACGAGACGCUGGUGCACGCCCGCUUCGGCAAGUGGCGGUACCCGGCCGGCCACGGGUCCCAGUUCCCCGACUUCAUCUUUGAUGCGGUGCCCUACAUCGAUCUGCUGGUGGGCGAUCUGGGUCUGAAGGUGCACCGCAAGAAGGGCUGGUUUGCGGAGAUGACGGAGCCUUAUGGUCCUGAAGACUAUAGGGAUUUGGUGUCGGAGUAUAUGGCAAAGGUACGGACGGAUUAGGAGGCGUGGUUCUCAGUUGGUGCCGAUGUCUGUUUGGGAAGCUCUUGGGGAUUGUUUCAACCGCUCGCUGCUCGCUUUCAUCAGGUGGAGGUUCGUGUCGAGAAGCAUUAUAUAUACCUGGGGGCUAGUUGAUAUCGGAGGGGUCGUCUUCUACCAGCGUCGCGUUGUAUUUUGAAAUGGCCGAGCUCAGUUCGGGAGGAUAUCUUGUCGUAUGGUAUGACACUUGCUUGAAGUAUCCUUGAGCCUCGCAAAU